AUGGGAAGAAUAGGGAGCAGCGACACGAGGUGGCUUGCAUGUGGGUUUGGGCGUGUGGUCGUCGAAGCGCGAACGGAGGAGGAAGGAGGAAAGAGGGUUGAAGGGCGCUCACACGCGAGCCAGUCUUUGUGCGUGGAGGUUGGGAGAUUGAAGGGUGGCGCAGCCGGGAAGCGGGCAGGCGGGUUGCUCAUGGAGGCGGAAGAAAGCGCGUGCGAGGCGCACGGGGCUGUGGGAGAAGGAGGCGAGGCGGCGGUAGGAGGAGGCGGUGGAUCAGAGGAGAAGGAAGAACGGGGGAAGAGUAAAGGGCGUUGUCGGCGCUCUGCGUCGCAGCUGGCGCAGGUGAAGGAGAUUUUUGACCAUGAUGGUCGCUUGCAGUCGUGGGACGCCCAACGAGACUGCUCCACGUGGCAGUUCGUGGCGUGCAACGCGCAGGGCCACGUGAUCGCGAUCUCGCUGCGGGACUUCAAGGCGAACGUGACGGCGCUGCCGGACGGCCUCUCGUCGCUGCAAUACCUCACCUACCUCAAUCUGGCGAACAACUACUUCCGCGGCUCCUUCCCGUCCGUGCUCACGCUCCUCACCAACCUGCAGACGCUCGAUCUGAGCGCGGCGCCGCUAGGGUUUGGCGCGUGGGGCGUGACGGGAUCGCUACCCGAUGGCAUCUCCGUGCUCUCGCGCCUCACUGCGCUGUCGCUGGCGUACAACCGUCUGUCGGGGUCGCUGCCCAACGCCAUCGCGUCGCUCGUCAACCUGCGCAGCCUCAAUCUGUCGUUCAACUACUUCUCCGGCUCCCUGCCAGCUGCGCUUGGCGACCUUCCUGUGCUGGAAGACCUCGAUCUGACGAGCAACGACUUCUCAGGACCCGUUCCCAACUCCUUCUCCGGCCUCCAGACUCUCCAGACCCUGGCGUUGAGUUCAAAUGGCUUCUCGGGACCGCUGCCCAACGUGCUCACCAUCGCCACCAACCUGCAGUCACUGUCGUUGAGUUUCAACGCGUUUGAGGGCUCCAUUCCCCGCGGCAUCACGUUGCUGUCCACCCUCCGAGUGCUGGAGCUGGCACAUGCGAACAUCUCAGGGGACUUUCCCUCCAUGGACCGAUGGACCAACCUCGUUGCCCUGGAUCUAUCUUUCGCGAGUGGGCUGCGUGCGGUGCCUCUCUCCCUGGGCUUCCUUACCAACCUCACUAGACUGUCCAUAGAGCGCAGUGGGCUCACAGACACGCUCCCCACGCAGCUGUGUGGCUUGUGGCAGCUGCGACAACUGUCCCUGGCGCACAACGCCAUAUCGGGGGUUCUUCCUGACUGCAUGGGCAACCUGCAGGCACUUGAAUCACUGGACUUGAGUCACAACAGUCUCGCCUCCAGUCUCCCCACCACCAUAGGCAACCUGCGGCAAAUCACCGCUAUCAAGCUGGCGUUCAACUCGUUUGAGGGGCCGCUGCCUACGAGCCUGCAAGCGCUCUCAUUCCUGCAGCACCUGUCGUUGAGUCACAACGCAUUGACAGGGCCGCUGCUACCCGGGCUGGCUGCAAUCUCAGGGCUCACAGCCCUGGACAUGAGUGACAACUCCUUCAACGGCUCCCUCCCACUCGAGUUCGCCUCACUCUCAUCACUCUCCAUUCUCUCUCUAGCGCGGUCAGGCAUAGCAGGAGCGCUGCCACAUCGAUUCAACUACUCCACGCUCCUCCUACUGGAUCUGAGCGGCAAUCGCCUCAGGGGAGAGCUACCUCGGGGAUUUUUCCCUGCUCUAAGCCUCCUCAAUCUGGGCUCCAACCGGCUAGUGGAUGACGUGGAUUCCUUCUUUGCUCGCGCACACGCCCCGCAGCUGCAGUCCUUGUUGCUAGGCAACAACACGCUAUCAGGCUCACUCCCGGACUUCACGUCUGUAUCGCCAGCGCUGUACCUAGCAGCGUUCAACGGCAACGCCAUCAUGCACACGCCCAAGCAGCUACUCUCCAACUCCUCGCUGCGCCUCAUCCUAUCAGACAACCCAGUGUGCAUCGACCCAUCACCAGCCUCCCUCGCAGCGUGCUCCCCGCCGUCGCAAGAGCAGCUCUCCUGGACGGGCAUCCCCGUACCAGCAUGCAUCAACACCACGUGCCAAUUCGACACCCUUGCGCCAUCGCCGCCGGUGUAUGCGGCGCGGGCCGUGUGUGUGUGCGUGCCGGUGGCUGCUCUGGACCUGCUGCUGCUCGUGCCGCCGGUUGCGGCAUUCAAUGGCGCGGUGGCGGGGCGUCUGCAGGCGGCUCUUGCCGACGCUGUUGCCAUGCCUCGGGAACAGUUGAGGAUGCACAAGGCGGAGGCGGUGGCGCCAUCACAGCAGAGGGUGCGCGUGCACGUGUACCCGCCUGCUCUCUCCGACCCAGACGCUGCGCUCGCACAGCUCAAGGCGUCGCUGCGCCUGCUGCGCGCCGCGCUGCCCAUGCGCCUCGACUUCUUCGGACCCGUGCAGGAGAUGGUGGAGGACCCGCGAGUAGUGAGUCCGCUUGCUGCACUCAAUGCAUCCACCACUGCCAACUCCGCCAACUCCCCUUCAGGUACCAUCCUCCUUAGACUCGUCCGCGGUGAGUUCAGUUCAGCCAUGGUGUGGAUCAUAGUGUCGGUGGUCGGUGGGGCUCUGCUGCUCACGUCGUUUGAGUCGACUCAACGCUCACUCACACCUCUCGCCUGCGCUCUGUGCCUCCCUGCACGUGUGUCCUCCCUCCUUCCCCUCCCCCCUUCCCUCCCUCCCCCAGACUCGUCCGCGGUGAGUUCUGCCAUGGUGUGGAUCAUUGUGUCGGUGCAUGUGGUGACAGCAGCUAGCAUGUUCCACUCACUCCGACUCCCUACCUGCCCGCACGGAAGGCAAACCCUAAACCCUUCCCUUGCGUCAUCUCCACCCAACCCCUCCCCAUCUCCCACCCGUCCCCUCCCCAUCCCCUACUCCGCCGCCCUCUCUCCCCUGGACCACCAGCCUGCAACGACGGGGGGAGCGACAGGAACCGCAGCAGGAGGAAGAGGAGGGGGGUUAGGAGGGGGGGAAGGGGAGGGGAAUGGAGGGAUGUCGCUGGUAGAGAGUGUGCGGCAGCAGCUGGUGCGGCCAAUGACCCUCGCAGAGCUGACGGAAGCCACGCAGGGGUUUGCGGAGGAGCGGGAGCUGGGGUCGGGGGCGUACGGCACGGUGUAUCGGGGGGAGGGUGCGGACGGGCAGCAAUGGGCGGUGAAGCGCAGCAGGCUCGUGUCGCGGGACACGAUGCAGGUGUUCCGGAAAGAGGUGAGUGUGAUAUCGCAGAUGAGUCACCGGCAUCUGGUGAAGCUGCUGGGGUACUGUGACACGGACAGGGAGCACAUACUCGUCUACGAGUUCGUCCCCAAUGGCACCCUCGCACAGCACCUCCGCCCCAAACCGGGCGAGCGGUGGGCUGCGCUGUCGUUUGAGCAGCGCGUGGACAUAGCACUGGGCACGGCGCAGGCGCUGCAGUACCUGCACUCGUUCGGCACGCCUGCUAUCAUCCACCGCGACGUCAAGAGCGACAACAUCCUGCUCACUGAUACCAUGCAGGCGAAGGUGUCGGACUUUGGGUUGCUCAAGGACAUGGACGAUGCAGAUGCGGCGACGAGCAAGGUGGCGGGCACACCGGGGUACCUGGACCCUGAGUAUUACCGCACCUUCAAAGUCACCACCAAGAGCGACGUCUUCAGCUUUGGAGUGGUGCUACUGGAGCUGGUCACGGGGCUGCCACCCACCUUCGCCAACCCCAACAAGGAGACCGAGGGCAUGAUCUCACUCGCGGAAUGGGCCUUGGCUCGCCUAGGCCCGGACCAUCUAGAGGCGCGGCUGGACAAAGUCGCAGACGUGCGCAUGGAAGGUCAAUACGUGCGGUCCGCGCUGCGGCAAAUGGUGGAGCUGGGCACGCAGUGCGUGCGCCUACUCGGCAAGAACCGGCCCGACAUGCACGAGGUCGUGUGGCGCCUGCAGGAGGUGCAGCAGGACAUGGCGCUCGCUAGAGGACAAACGGCGCCGCCCCGCAGCCGGAGCGACAUGGAUGCGGAAGAGGCGAUGGCGUAUGGGUCGUUCCCAACUUCGUGGAUUGGGGUGGGGUCGCGGUCGCAUGUGGAGGCGGGCGGAGGAGGAGCGGCAGCAGGGAGUGGGGUUGCAAAGGGGGGGGGGCUGGGGGAGCAGCGGGAGAGGGGGGAGUGGGGCAGCGGCAGGGUGUCGUCUAUGCGGAACCCGCAGCUGUUUGUGAAGCUCGGGGGUGGUGGGGGCGGUGGGGGUGGUGGGAAGGGUGUGGAGGGACAAGUAGCAGUGGACAAAAGGGGUGGGAGUAGGCAGGGGAGUGGGGUGACGGGGUCGGGAGGAGGGAGGGGAGUGAGCAGCAGCGGCAGUGGCAGUGGCAGUGGCAGUGGAGUGGUGAUAGAUAUGCGGUCUUCUUCCUCUGCAUCCAUGUACAUGCCUGUGCCUACAGAUGCAGCCAUGCCAGGCAGGAAGGGCCCCUCUAGGCCGUGGGGUGCCUAA